AUGACCUCUCCGGCCAAAUACUCCAGCCAGCGUGCGGCUGGGAAAGAGCAUAUCCCGAUCUUCCCAAAGGGUUUCAUCGCAGUGCGGAUUAUCCAACUAGUACUGGGUGUCGUUGUGCUCGGUCUCUCCGCCUUCGGGGUCUACUUCCUUGUAUUCUCAGGAGAUUGCUUGACACUUUUCACUGCCAUAGCAACCAUCAUAGCCCUCGUCUACCACCUGAUCGCUGUAUUCGGUGCGCCCUCCUUGUACAACUACUGGGCGAUCCUCUCUUUGGAUAUUUUCCUGGUCCUCUUCUGGCUUAUCUCGUUCGCCGUGCUGGCUGCCGAAGUUGCUCCUUACCUGUCUGGAGUCGUCUGCUAUUCCGAUGGCUGCUACCGUGUACGUCUCAGCAGUGCCGACAAGAUCUAUGGCGCCUGCAUGGCAGCCGCUGCGGGAGUUGGAGGUUUAGAAUUCAUCAUGUUCAUCGUGUCCCUUGCUAUUCACGGCGUGAUGCUCCAUCGUCAUCGCAAGGCUGGGCUACACUGCAUGCCUGUCCACUCUGGGGCCCAUAAUGCAUCUGCAGCACCUGUGCCGGCACCCGUGGCUGGUGAGAAGGUCCACGCGCAAGCCCAAGUCCAGCCUCAGCAACAAUACCCUCAACAGUACACGGCUCCCCAGGGCUAUGCGCAGCAGCCCCAGUCAGGCUACGCUGCCCAGCCAACUCCCCCUCAACAGGCAUACGGUGUUGCUCAACAUCAAUACCCUCAGCAGGCGCCUAGUCCUCUGUCGGCUCAACCGACCGGAAACUCAUAUCAGCAGACAACUGCACAGCACCCUCCGGUGCCUGGUCAGGGACCCUACGAAACACAUGGACACUCCGUACAGCCGCCUGCACAGUGA